UGACGUUGGCAGCUUGGUCCAGGUGUGCUGUGUCUUAUCGCCGCCGGACUUGGGACACAUCAGCCUUUGGCGGCAGCGGAAACGUUCUCAACCUCAAGAGCGAGCGAGCGGAAGUUGCGUUUUCUUUUCUUUCUUUUUUUUUCUUUUUUUUUUUUUUUUGCAGAAGUUGACGAUGAGGAGCAGGCUUGUUUUCCUGCUGCUGCUUCUUCUCCUCGCUUUUAAUAGCGGAUUCGUGCGCGGCGACGACGAAGAUGCAUUGGAGGAGCUGCAGGUGGAGACCCUGGAGAAACCCCAAAGUUGCUCCGUACUUUCCACGAUGGGGGACACGUUGCACAUCCACUACACGGGGAAGCUGAUGGACGGCAAGGUGAUCGACUCCUCACUGUCCCGCGAGCCGCUGGUGGUCGAGCUGGGGAAGAGGACGGUGAUAUCGGGUCUGGAGCAGAGCUUGGUGGGCGUGUGUGAAGGGCAGAAAAUCAAAGCCACUAUUCCGUCUCACCUUGCAUACGGGAAAAAAGGUUACCUUCCCACCAUUCCAGGCGACGCCAGCCUGGAGUUCGAGGUGGAGGUGAUGUCGCUGACUCAGCAGACGCCAUGGCAGAAGAUGGUCAACGACGUGUUCCCACUGGUGUGUCUGGCCCUGGUGCCCACCUUGCUCGGCCUUGUGGGACUGUACCUCUACAACAAGGCCCAAGACCAGAAAGGCGGCAAAAAGAAGGCAAAGGACAAGAAGAGCAAGAAGAAAUAAGGCCAGGGGCAAAGAACUAUUUAAAUUAAAAAAAUAUAAAAGUC